AGCGGUUCGCCAGCGACGCGGGACUGAAACCUUGUUUGUAACAACUUUGUGGAAAUAUGUAACAAACGGAUGAGGACGAAAAAAUGGAGCAGUCGGCUCCUCUCAAUAUAGAAAACCUCAAGAUUACCCAGGAGCAGUUUAUUCUGGCCUCGCAGUCUCUGCACCUUCAGCGACCAGGCUGUGAAGCCGUAUAUCCAGUGGGGCUGUAUGGCUGGAGAAAGAGAUGCCUCUAUUUCUUCCUGCUGCUGCUUUUGGUCACCAUGAUAGUAAACCUGGCCCUCACUGUCUGGAUUAUUAAGGUUAUGAAUUUUUCAAUGGAAGGAAUGGGAAAUCUGCAGCUGAACCAGGACGGGCUCCACCUGGAGGGAGUCAGUGAGUUUCAGCAGCCUCUGUAUGUGAGCGAGAUCCGGUCCCGAAGGGACAGUUUGUUUGUGUUGCGGUCAGAAAGGAACGUAACUCUGAAUGCCAGAAACCACCAAGGCCAGUUGACCGGUCAGCUUACUGUGGGACCUGAAGGUGUGGAGGCUCAGUGUCAGAGGCUGGAGGUGCGAAGCAGAGAUGGUGGUAGACUCCUGUUCUCUGCAGAUGAGGAAAAAGUCACAAUGACAACAGAAAAGUUUACGGUCACAGGCUCUGAGGGUGCCGUGUUUGGACACUCAGUGGAGACUCCGCUGAUCCAAGCGACGACUUCUGAGGAUUUGAGGUUGGAAUCACCAACAAGGACCCUGACCAUGGAGGCUCCGAGAGGGGUGGAAGUGAGCUCUACCAAGGGGACGCUGAAAAUCAGCAGCAGAAAAGAUCUGCAGCUGGAAUCCACAGAGGGAGAGAUACUCCUUGAUACCAACAGCAUUAGGCUUGAAAACCUCCCGCUCGGCAUCUACUCACUGUCCACCGCCGAGGCCUUCAGAAAGCAGGUUGUGUACGAGGUGUGCGUUUGCCCCAGCGGCAAGAUCUACCUUUCUCCAGCUGAGAGCGUUUCCACCUGCCAGGCUAUGAGCAGCAUCUGCCUGUGGAGCUGACCUGAGAGCAGCGUAUUUUGACCACGAACAAACCUGAAUGUAAACUCUGCAGUCUGAGAUUAGUUGAGUGGAGAUAGCAGCUUCAAACCCUGAGCUGUUAAUGUUCUUCACAGGACAGAAGUGUCUAAAAUUGCUGCCUGCAGAGGAUCAACAGAAGCUCAUACUUCACUGACGGGCUGAGGAGGAAAGUCGCAGCAGUUCUCUGAAAUCAGGAAUACGUGUAGAUCAGUUUUCACAAUCUGAUCAUAGGCAGAGAACAAAACUUUUAUUUUUCUACUUUUAGGUUUAUGGAGAUCAUUUUCAAUAUUAAAAAAUAAAUACAAGGUGCCUUCAGCUUUAAAUGGCGUCACAUUGAAACUGUCUUGUCAGUUAGACACAAAGUGAUUAAAAAAAUAAAUAAAGCAAGCACACAAUGAAAACUUUUUUUUGUCUAAUCCAAAGAUAUGUUUUAAAGGCUGUUUGGGAUCAAAGCAAAACAUGUUCUCAUUCAGUGCAUGUUGUACCUGAAUCUUAUGUUAGAAUAAGGGCUGCUUUGAAGAUGCAGAUGAAAGUUGUUUUCCCAUAUCAAAGGUAACUAUUUCUCCUUUUCUUUGCUCCAUUAACACCAAACCAUGUUUGGGAAAAUACUCAGAAGAGUCAGUUUAAUGUCAUUGCUUUUUUGUUUAGCUUAUUUACAGUUUAAUAAGAGGUACAGCUACAAUACCUUACUUACACUUACAUUCCAUACAGUGCUGUUUUUUAAGUUUUGUAAUCAUGUGCCUUUAUUUGAAGUUUUCCAAAUAGGAUAAGGGUCAGUGAAGGGGACAGUGUGCAGUAAAUAGCCCGGGCCUGGAAUCACCCCAGAAACUUAAUGUUAGCUUGCUUUUCCCAUUGUACAACCAGUUUAAAGGUGUAUUUAGAAUCCUUGUCCUGUUGAAGGUGGUCCUCCUUUAUUUUUUUUAUUAACUUUGUGCAAUGCAGCAGUACCACUGGCACUGAAACAGUCCCUCAGCAUGAUUUUGCCCCCACCAUGCUUGACAGUUGGUAAAGUCUAGAAAGAUUUGAAAGCCUCACCUUGUAUUCCCCAAAUGUUCUCCUUUUUAUUGUGGCUAAAUAUUGUAAUUUUUGUUUUAUCUGAUAACUUUUCUACAUAAGGCAUUUGGCUUGUCUAUGAACAACCAAAAAUCAGGAGCUUCUCACUUGGUUUACCACCUAUAAAUAUUUCUUUGACCCUGUAUGGAUAAUAGGUCCACAGUAAAUGUAAACUUCUGCACCCAGUGGUUGUUUUAUAACUUUAGUUGUGUAAUAAUUCCAACCUGGUAAACGAACAAAUGCACCAGUAACAGUCCGAACUUAACACAACAUUCGUUCUAUGUAGAUGUGAACCUCUGUUUGGAAAUGUCUUUAGUUUUAACUAUUUGAGAACAUACAAUAAAAUAUUACAUCUUGGCGUA